AUGGAGCUGGAUCUCUUCAUAACCAAAUUCAACCGCACUGCACCUCGACAUAAUCCAAUCAAAAUAUUACCACAUGGGCAUCCCAUUGACAUUUUUACAAAACCUGACCGAUUCAAGUCUUGUGACUCUGCGAUUAAGUUACAUCCACCUUACCUUGAAGAGGUACACCUCAAGUAUACCCCUCCGGACCACUUUGUUUUCAACCUUGUAUCCCCUGCAUUUCCUGCUGAGGCCCAUGCCUUUCUUCAACGCUCAGGAUUGCCUGUUUUUAAUUGCAAUAAUGCAUGGGUUAUCUUUCAUAACACGCUAGCUUACUUUGAAUCCAUAGUGAAUGAUGAUCCCGAGCUCAAAACAGCUAUUGCUUCCCACCCUGAAGUUCCUGUGGAUGGAUUGGCAGGCACAGAAUACAUGGCAGUGGUUGAUAUGCCACAUUAUCCCAUAUAA